UCAAUCACGAAUCAGCCAUCAUUAGCGAGAACAUGACCGGGAAUCCGAGUGUUAGCAUUUAUUAAAGCUGUAUUUACUUGGUAUUUAAAGCAAAUAAUCGUGAAUAUAUGAUUUGUUAUAUGAUGGUUACGGAACUACGAGAUGACUUUCCCUGAAACAGUUUGCACCUGGUCUUUUCGGAAGCAGUGUGAGAGCCCAAUGUUGAUGUAACUGGCUCUGUGUGGGAAAACGACCGCCACCGUGGAAGAAAGCAGCAGCACAUGGCACCAGGCCUACACAAACUCGGGCUACAGCCCUGCUCCAACAUCACCCGAACACUUGUGCAGGGCCUGUGGAGGCCACUUCGACACGGCAAGCAGGAAUGUGUGUGUAGACUGCAAGAAGCACUUCUGCAGCCGCUGCUGGGUGCAGCCCGAGCUCAGGCCCGCGCUGUGCCGGACGUGUCAGCGCUUCGUCGGCACUCGUUUCGAGCGGAGUCAGCUGAUGGGGCUGAAGGUGAAGGAGCUGCGCGACUACCUGCACCUGCACGACGUCCCCACACAUACAUGCCGCGAGAAGGAGGAGCUGGUGGAGCUCGUGCUGGACCAAAACACGCCCAGCAGCAGCAACAGUAGUAGCAGCAGUAAUGGGUGCAGCAACUCCGCCCCUCAGCCAGCCGCUCCAGAUGUCUCGCAGUCCCACGCUCCUCAAUCCCAGGCAGCCGAGGAGCCAGAAUCUCUCACGGAGGAGGAAGAGGAAGGUGAAGAUGAGGAGGAGGAGGAUGAAGAGGAGGAGGAUGAAGAGUCAACAGACAGCGAGGAGACACUGGUGCACAGUCGCAGGGCCUCUCUGUCUGAUCUGAGGAGCGUGGAGGACAUCGAGGGCCUUACAGUGCGGCAGCUGAAGGAAAUCCUGGCACGCAACUUUGUCAAUUACCAGGGCUGCUGUGAGAAAUGGGAGCUGAUGGAGAGAGUCACGCGCCUCUUUAAUGACCAGAAAGACCUCCACAACCUGGUUUCAAACACUAAAAACGAAUCAGGCACAGUAGCCGAACUAGCCGAGCCGAGCGGCCAGGAGGAGAACCUGUGUAAAAUCUGCAUGGACUCGCCCAUCGACUGCGUGCUGCUGGAAUGUGGCCACAUGGUGACCUGUAGCAAGUGUGGCAAGCGCAUGAGCGAGUGUCCCAUCUGUAGACAGUAUGUGGUGCGCGCCGUGCACGUCUUCAGGUCCUGAUGGGGGCUCAUGAAGCGCCGGAGAGCACUCCUUUAAUAUCCACACACAUUCCACAUACCGGUCCUGUAUGGAGGCCCUGAGAGAUGUGAGGCUCAGUCACCGUUCUCCUUAUCGUUUCCUACAAGACUUUGUUACCUUGUUUUUGUCAGUUUGUUUAAUCUGGAGAUCUCGACCAUGUGUAUCCUUUUCCGCAUCAUCCUCCAUUGAUGUGAUAAUCCUCAAUCUGCCGUGACGUUUGACUGUGAAUGGACACGUUCGGUUGCUAGUUGGUUAUCGAGCUAAUUUUCGGAAACGGCUAUCAUAAAAUGACGACAACAUAUCAUGAAAUUUAUUAAGCUAGGUAAGAACAAGCAAGCUUACCUCAUCGAGCAACCAUAUCUGUGCAGUUGGAGUCGGUUUGGUUAGCUGGAUAUCAUAGCAAACGUUGCUGACUAAUGAUGUCUUUUUCAGAAGCAGCGUCCGUACGCAGUUUGCAUAGUUAUCAUCUAAGCUGCUUUCCAGCGUGUGUUCACGGUGACUGUUUUUGAUUUCUAAUCCAUUUUGAUUUCUCAUGACUACAUUAUGCUUUUUGUUGUUUUUUCUCCAUAUAUAAUUUUUUUUUUUUGCACAUGGACACUAAUACAUGUUAAGGUAAUUUAUACCACAGCAUUGUUGAAUUCUCAAUUCUGAUUGGUCUGAAGGUCGAUUAAUGGCGGCUCUGCAAGGCAAAUUACAGGUUCAUAUUAACGACACGCAUGUUCUAAUACGUAUAAUUGACGGGUGCAAACGCUCCAUGUAAUCGAAGCCUAAUCACAAUCUAAGUGUUUAAGAAAAACGCAUGACUGUUCUGGAAUUUUCGGGAAGGACUCUCUCGUGUUGGUCAGUCAGUUUUCCAUCUUGCGAAAGUCUUCAGAAUAGACAGCUUUGCUCUUCAAGGUUUCCUUGUAGCGUGAUGGAUUGCAUUUUUUUUUCCUGAUUAACUUCAAGAACAAUAAAAAGAGAUGCAAGUGAAUGAAUCACUCUUUGUAGCUGCUGGAACCAAGUCGUCUCAUAGAUGUUUCAUAACAUUAAAUGUAACUAUAAGCAGCACAUUGUUCUUUAAUUAAUGAAGAAUGUAAUCACUGUCAAAUUGCUGUGGUAUAAGAGGAACAAAACAUUUUGAUCACUUUGAUUAUUUUGCUCUAACAGCACACCUCCAAUUUUUUUUUUUUUUGCGCUUAUUUAGUUCAUGGUUCUCUUUGAUAGCUGCAUGUCUUGUCAUGCCGUUCAUAGUUUGUUUAAUACACUGUGGUUUAACAGCUUAGUUGUGUUUUGAACAGCUAUAGGUGGUGUGACGGUAGCUGUAUAAUAAACCUUUUCAGCUCCAGAUGAAAAGCUAGGCUGCAUGUGCAUGUCUAUAAUCAGGUGCUACUUUCACUUCUUGCUUUACAAAACGGGUGGGUUUCCCAAAAGGUUUGUAGCACAAAGAUCAUUGUUAAAUGGUAGAGCAAGCAUCACGAUGAACACACUGUCUCCUAGUUAAGAUGCUUUUAGUGUUAAGAGGCUUUUGGGAAACCAACCCCAGAUCUCAUGGGCCUUAUCUGUGGAGGUAUUUUCAUGUCAAAAUUCAUUGUACAUAAUGGCACGAUGAAAUAUCACUAAAUUUUCCAUAGGGGUGUGUGUGUGUGUUUGUGCGCACCCUUAAUGGAUAGGCAUCCUAUCCAGGGUGUAUUUCUACCUUGCAUCCAGUUACCCGGAUAGACUCUGGAUUCACAGCGACUCUGACAAGGACAUAUGUAAUGAAGAAGAAUGAAUGAAUAUAUGUGUGUGUGUGUGUGUGUAUGUCAAGCCGGAAAGUCUGCACACCCCUUUCACCUUCACGUUUUAUUACGUUACAGACUUAUUCUACAAUAGAUUGAGUUCAUUUUUUGUCACAAAAUUCUACACAAAAUAGCCCAUAAUGACAAAGUGAAAGCAGGUUUUUAGACAUUUGUGCUAAUUUAUUAAAAAUCAAAAUGUAAAAUAUUGUAUGUGCACAAGUGUGGACACCCUUUGAUACGACACCCAAAAGUGAUCUGAGGUGCAUUUUGUUUUCACUGACACUGCUUGAGAUGUUUCUACAACUUGGUUGGAGUCCACCUGUGGUAAAUUCAAUUGAUUGGACAUGAUUGGGGAUUGCCAACACCUGCCGAUAUAAGGUCCCACAGUUGACAGUGCACGUCAGAGCGAACUCCAAGCCAUGGGGUAAAAGGAAUUAUCUGCAGACCUCAGAAACAGGAUUGUGUCAAGGCAUAGAUCUGGAGAAGGGUACAGAAAAAUUGCUGCAGCUUUACGGGUCCCAAAGAGCACAGUGGCCACCAUCAUUUGUAAAUGGAAGAAGUUUGGAACCACCAAGAAUCUUCCUAGACCUGGCCGCCCAGCCAAACUGAGCGAUCGGGGAGGACAGGCCUUGGCCAGGGAGGUGACCAGGGACCCGAGGGUCACUCUGACAGAGCUCCAGCAUAUCCUUGUGGAGAUGGGAGAACCUUUCAGAAGAUCAACCAUCCAGGCAGCACUCCACAAAUCAGGCCUUUAUGGUAGAGUGGCCAGACAGAAGCCACUCCUUAGUAAAAGGCACAUGACAGCCCGCUUGGAGUUUGCCAAAAGGCACCUAGAGGACUUUCAAACCAUGAGAAACAAGAUUCUCUGGUCUGAUGAAACCAAAAUUGAACUUUUUGGCCUGAAUACCAAGCGUCAUGUCUGGAGGAAACCAGGCACUACUCAUCACCUGGCUAAUGCCAUCCCUACAGUGAAGCAUGGUGGUGGCAGCAUCAUGAUGUGGGGAUGUUUUUCAGCAGUGGGAAUGGGGCGACUCGUCCUGAUAGAGGGAAAGAUGAAUGCAGCUAAAUACACUGAGAACCUUGAAAAAAACCUGCUCCAGAGCGCUCUGGACCUCAGACUGGGGCGAAGGUUUACCUUCCAACAUGACAACGACCCGAAGCACACAGCCAAGAGAACAAAGGAGUGGCUUCAGAGAAAGUCUGUAAAUGUCCUUGAGUGGCCCAGCCAGAGCCCAGACCUGAAUCCAAUUGAACAUCUGUGGAAGGAGCUGAAAAUGGCUGUGUACCGACGCUCCCCAUCCAACCUGACGGAGCUUGCAAGGAUAUGCCAAGAGGAAUGGGCAAAAAUGUUCAGAAACAAGUGUGCCAAGCUCAUAGCUUCUUUCCCAAGAUGCCUUGAAGCAGUAAUUGCUGCCAAAGGUGCAUCAACCAAGUAUUAGGCUAAGGGUGUGUACAGAUAUGUAGCCCCUAAAUAACCUAUUUUUGUCAGUAAAAUAAAAUUGCAUAUUUUCUAAAAACCUGCUUUCACUGUCAUUAUGGGCUAUUUUGUGACAAAAAAUUAACUCAAUCUAUUGUAGAAUAAGUCUGUAAUGUAAUAAAAAUGUGGAGAAGGUGAAACAGGUGUGCAGACUUUCCGGCUUGACUGUGUGUGUGUGUGUGUGUGUGUGUGUGUGUGUGUGUGUGUGUGUGUGAGAUAUAUAUAAUUUA